UUACCCUCAAUUUUCUUAAUUUUGAGAAAAAAUAUAGAAAAUUACCUUAAGUCAACUGUUUCUAUUCCUCUUUUUUCUAUAAAGUUGAGAGAAAGUGGACGUGAGAUUGUAUCCAACCUUAGGUAAAGCUAUAAGGUGUUUUUGAAUUGUGAGGUUGAUCAGGAUCAAGAAUGGGAGGUGGUGGCAAUAUGUCUAGUCAAACAAGUAAGAACAAUCCUCUCAAAAGAAUGCCAACUUCGAAGCCUCCUUUUACAAUUGGUGAUAUCAAGAAGGCUAUCCCUCCUCACUGCUUUAAACGAUCGGUCAUCCGCUCGUUCUACUAUACUGCUCGUGAUCUAUUAGCAGUUUUCGUCUUCUACUACAUAGCCUCCACUUACUUUCACCUCCUUCCAUCUCCCUAUCGCUACCUAGCAUGGGUUACUUACUGGAUUGCUCAAUCUUUAGUUUUCGGUGGACUAUGGAUUAUUUGCCAUGAAUGUGGCCACCACGCCUUUAGUGAUUACCAGUGGGUGGAUGACACUGUUGGUUUUAUCUUACACUCUGCAUUUCUGGUGCCAUACUUCUCAUGGAAAUACAGUCAUCGUCGACACCACUCCAACACUAAUUCCCUAGAGCGUGAUGAAGUCCACGUGCCAAGGAUUAAAUCUGAACUACCUUUCUUGAAAAAAUGCAUGAACAAUCCUGUAGGACGAACAGUCCUACCUAUCAUGUUCCUCCCUCUCGGCCUGCCUUUGUACUUGGUGUGUAAUUUCACGGGAAGACAUUAUGACCGCUUUGCAUGUCACUAUGAUCCGUAUGGACCUAUAUAUAAUAAGCGUGAGAGGUUAUGGAUAUAUGUUUCAGACGUAGGUGUGAUUGCAACGGCUUAUGUGUUGUAUCGUGUUGCUUUGGCCCAAGGGUUAGCUUGGCUUGUAUGUAUUUAUGGGAUGCCUCUCGUACUUCUGAAUUGCUUCUUAACGUUACUGACUUAUUUAAACCACACUCACCCUUCAGUGCCAUAUUACGAUUCAUCCGAGUGGGAUUGGUUAAGAGGAGCUCUAUGUACAGUAGACAGAGACACUGGUAUUCUAAAUAAGUUCUUUCACAAUGGUCCAAAUACUCACGUGGUACAUCAUCUAUUCUCAACUAUGCCACAUUACCACACGGAGGAGGCAACCGAAGCUAUCAAGCCAGUACUAGGAGAAUACUAUCAAUCUGACAAUACUCCCUUCUAUAGAGCAUUCUGGAGGGAGUCGGGGGAGUGCAUGUAUGUGGAGCAAGAUGAAGGAUCUCAUGAUAAUGGUGUCUUUUGGUUUAAAAACAAGCUCUAGAAAAUGAAUACAAAAAGCUUGUUAAAUGUUUAACAUCAGUCAUUGUACAACUACUUUAAAUUAGUGUUUGGAUUGUAAUUUACUAUCAUAUCACUCCAUAAUGUAUCAUUUUAAAUGGUUCACCUUCCAUGCUAGUCAGAUCUUACAAAGACA